CCCAUCUCAACGGAACCCUAUCAUCUUUCAUCUUUUAUCUACAAUCAACUUCGUACAACGGUGAUUUGUGCAACAACAAUCCGACAAUAACAGUUCGUAAAACAAUAGACCGUACAACAACAAUUCGUACAACAACACGACGGCAAGAUGGAGGCGCAGAACUCGGCCCUCACCACUACUCUCGCGCGCCCGUUCAUUGUGACGGACCUCGACCAGCCAGACCUCGCCGAUCUUCGAUAUGGCGGUCAGCUGCCGCGAAGACGCGUCAAACGCCUGAUCGGAUUCGACGAGUGGAUGGAGAAGUGGAAGAAGGAGUUCACCAAGCUGAACUUCAAAUUUCGCAACCGCCGCCACGCAUUCGACGUCGCAUACGCGUUCAAUCUAGCCGAGGUGUCACGUCGCGCCCUCGUGCAAAAAACAACACCUGACAUCGCCGAUCUGUACCUGGGAAGCGAGGAAAUCGAGAUCGGCCUGCGCAUCGCCGUAGCUGCGACAGGAGCAUGGGUUCCGACGGGCGAUCUGCUCACGGACGACGAGCCGGCAUUGUACCUGCCGCGUCGCAUGUUUUCCAAGGAUCGCGCCGCCGUCGACAGUCAUCAAUACAUCGUCUUCCCCGUCCACGGCGGGCGCCUUCAUCACUGGUCUCUUCUCAUCUACGACCGAUUCACGCACACGGCGAACCUCCGCGGCUUCCUUGAGCGCAAUGAGAUGGAUAUCCAGGGCUUGGUGAUUCAUCAUAAACCUAUCCCCGCCCAAGUCAGCAAAGUUAGCUGCGGUUGGAUAUGCUUAGAGUCCGCGCGCGCCUUCAUGCAUGAGCAGCUAGAAGAUUGGACCAAGUCUGUACUGUACCGUGACUUGCCCGAUACCAAGAGAAACCUCCAGAGAGAGAGGGCAGCGGUCAAGAACUGGGAGAUUUGGGGUGCUGUUUCGUGGCGCGGUACCAGAGAGAUAUUCUACCCAGUCCAACGCACACUCCAAGCGCAACAGGUGCAGCAAUCGGAGCAAUCAGCGCAAGUAGAGCAAGCGCAGCAGGCGCAACCGGUGCAACAAGUCCAAGCCUCCCCAGCAGGCCAAGCAACCCAAGCCGACGCACCAACAUCCGCGGCCGCAACACCCGCAACCUCUGCCCCUGCCCUCCCGCCUACGCUCCCCCCUCCUUCUUCCCCCGACGACGCCCAGCGCCGCCAUCUACUCAGCGAAGCGGAGGACGAACACAUAGCGCGAGAGCACACCAUGAAGCUCGUCGACUUCAUAUCGCACGUCAAGGACUUGACCGCGACCCCGCUGUCGGUCCGCGAGUACUAUUUCUUCCUGCUGGGGAGCAACGGCGACUACGACAAGGCGGUGGAAGCCAUCGAACGAAAAUACGGAUCCUAG